AAAACGCACUCCGUACUUCGACACAACUUUCGUUUUGAUCAUGGCUGAAAGUGUCGAAAGUGCAGUAAGGAGACCAAAGUGACUUGACUAGAAAUAUAUUUAUUAAAUGCAAAAUGAAUCCUUCCGAUGGCAAAUCUGCCGAUAUUUUUUGCAUUUCCGUGUAUGAAUGGUAUGGCAGUGUACUCGAACUAGCUGCAAACUUCAGCACAAGGGCAACUAGCUCUCGUUCUCCCGAGAAGGCCUCCCUCCUUAAAACAGUACAUCUUAGUGACCAAAUACAAUAGAGUCGGUGGAUGCUUCUCUGUAAUACAUGAAAAUGGGAAAUAUUAUGAGCAAUGUUUUCAUUGCUGGGCUCCCAUUGUAUGCCAUAUAUUUUCUUUACGCCAACAUUUAUUGCUCUUAUAAACUACUGAAAGCUAAUGUCGUGUUUGACAGUCGUCAGAGGAUUCCAUGUUUUGCCUACCUUUUUCUCAGAUAUGUUUUCAGAGCUCUUAUCAAAAGACAAGGGCAUUUGUACUUUUGCGAUAGCGAUGUCAAAGGUGAAGUUGCCUUCACCAUCUUUAACUGCAGGUUCAACAAGGAUCUACUGAGGAGGUUCUGUAAUGCUGCUGGAUAUGGCUGGGACUACCCAGACAUUGAGUUCAGGGAUAUCCCUCUGUGUUACCCAGAGACCCUCUGUCUGCGGAUGCUUGACAUAUUAAUAUCUGAUGAGAAGUUCAGAUUGAGCCCUCUGGGUCUUGUCCGGGUACGUCAGAGUUUGAGAACAUGGCAGCCAAUAGAUGAGCUGAAGAAGGGACCCUUCAUGUUGCAGGCUCGUGUGUUGGAGUACAGGGUCGUUGAAGAUGGGGUGGAGGUUGACAUUUCUCUAACUGCCAUUUCACGCACUGACCAGCCAGUAUGGGAGAGCGUUUUGACAAUGCUCUCCCAGGACAGAGGCCGAACACCAAGCACACAACCUAUACCUGAGUGGUAUGAUGGGCACUUGGACACAUCAGAGUCAGAUGACAUCAUGAAGGCUGUGGAUAUCAAUGUUCCCUGGACUACAGGACUAAAGUCUGUGUGGGCUUUCUCUGACUACUCUCCACAUUGUCUCCUAACUAUUCCUGCUAAACUCUCGGGCUACAGAUGUACCCAAACUCCUGGUCUAUGGAUGCUGUCUAAAUGCUUGGCUGAAAUUGAAAAGCACAAAGGAGUUGAUGCCAUUAGAGCCCCCAUCUCUGUCACCGCCCAGUUCAAGGAGCCAUUGUUGGUAGCAGGAAAAGUGACCAUCAAAUUUUGUGAGAGUGUGGGAGUGCAGUCCUCUUCCAAGUGUGUUAGCUUCCAAAUGGAGCAAUACGGGAGGAAGAUACCUCACAUCAAGGGACAAAUCUGCAGGACUACUGUAGAGGAUGUGAAUUAAAGAUGAAAACAGCGCCAAUGGCCACCCCAGCACCGUUGUUAUUGUUUUUGUUGCCGAGAUGAGGAGCAUCAUGUAGCAUGAUAAAAAAAAUUGCAGUACAUAUUGUGCUCUUCUAUUAUGUGUUAAAAGAUGUCAGAGGUGAAAAAAACAG